AUGGCCGCCGUCGCGCCCGCUGCCACGCUGUCCCUGGUGGAUCCCAAGAGCAAAGGCGGCAAGGGCCCAGAGACGAAGGACAAGGGGUCGGGAGGGCUGAAUGGUGUGCCCAAGGGUGAGGUGGUGUCUCUGAACCCUCCAGCGUCCUCAGCGGAGCCAUGGGCGCAGCAGGAUUACAAGGAUGCUGCCAUGUACUAUGGUGCCUACCCUGGAGCUUACUACUGUGGAGGUUGGGGUGAUUAUUCCGUCUACGUGAGCCAGGAUGGAGGGGAUGCACUUUCCCCUGGUGUUUAUGGGGACAUGUAUUGCUAUCCUCAUUAUGGUAUUGCUGAUGGUCAGAUUUAUGGAUCACAGCAUUACCAGUACCCAUCCACAUACUACCAGCCAAAGACUACUGCCAGCAAACCAGUAUACAAGGCUAAAACUGGCAAAUCAUCUCCUUCGAUACAAGAAGAUGUUUCUACUGCGACUGCUGCUGAUAAGCAGCCUGUCUUGUUGGAUUCCUCCAAAACCACUCUGAAAAGCAUUGAUGAUGUAAAAGGUCUGAAGAAGGAAACGUUGCCUCUGAAACCAAAUGGCCGUUUUGGUAAUUACCAGAAUCAAGGUAGCAAAACGGCUUACCCAUGGUCUGGUGGCCGUACCUCUUCAGAAAAGCAUCCGAAAUUCUCGGGUGGGAAUCCUACAUCGACAGUCUCUAAUAAUAAUAAGGGCUUGCAUGGUCAGAACUCUUCGAUGGGGCUGCCAUCUGCUGGGUUCAUGAGUUCAAUGUACUCUGGUAGUGGAAUGUACAACACAAACACUUAUGCACCUAGCUUUUGGUAUGGUUCUCAUGUCUAUGGUCCUGGGCUGUAUGGUGGGUGGAAUGCGUUUUCGAAUGGGAAGUACAGGCCAAGAGGAAAAACCUACGGAUCUUAUGGUUUUGGCAAUGGAAACUUGGAUGGUUUGGAUGAGUUGAAGCGUGGACCAAGAAGUAGUCUGUUUAAAAGCCAACAGGGUUCUGGAGCAGCUGUUGAUGCAAAAGGACAGGAGCCUCCCAGCAGUGAUGCCUCUAAUGCUGUUAAGCAGGAACAGUACAACCUUGCUGAUUUUGGUGAGACCUACUCAGAUGCCAAAAUUUUUAUUAUUAAAUCAUACAGUGAGGAUGAUGUUCACAAGAGCAUUAAGUACAAUGUUUGGGCAAGCACCCCUAGUGGAAAUAAAAAGCUGGAUGCUGCUUAUCAAGAGGCUAAGGAAAAAUCAAGCAGUUGUCCUGUGUUCCUGUUGUUUUCUGUUAACACCAGCGGACAGUUUGUUGGUCUGGCUGAGAUGGUGGGUCGGGUUGAUUUUAACAAGACAGUUGAAUACUGGCAGCAGGACAAGUGGACUGGUUGCUUCCCUGUCAAGUGGCACAUUGUGAAGGACAUUCCUAACAGCUCGUUGAAGCACAUCAUUCUUGAGUAUAACGAAAACAAACCAGUUACAAACAGCAGAGAUACGCAGGAGGUUAAGCUUGACCAAGGCCUUCAGGUUUUAAAGAUUUUCAAGGAUCAUGUCUGCAAGACAUCCAUCUUGGAUGACUUUAGCUUUUAUGAUGACCGUGAAAAGAUAAUGCAGGAGAAGAAAUCAAAGCGUCAGCAUCCAGUUGAGGUCAUGAAUAGAAAGUUGGCAGCCACCAACAUUGCUGAAAAUCAAGCUACUGAUGGGAAGGAGAGCCUGCAGAAACCUGAGGCCAUAGGGGAACAAAACGCUGUGGUGGAGAAUAGUGUGGAGGCAGUAGCUGUUAAUGGUGUCGCCCCAGAAGACAUUAAGCCAACAACUGAAGAGGCGGCCGUUGCAAAUGGCUGUUAA